GCGCGCUCAGUCUCUAAACGGAAACCAAAAAAAAAAAAAAAAAAAAAGAAAGAAAGAAAGAAAGAAAAAGAAAAAGCCGCGCCGGUUUUAACCCACAGCUAGCUCACACUUCAGCUCUGAAAUAAUUUAUAAUUUACAUUCAGGUCAUAAAAUACAAAUCAAUAGUUUGAGACUCAUCCCGCUGGUUAUGGCGCGAGGAGAAGGAGCGGAGCAGCUUCCUGUCCCUUUACUGUCUCCCGUUAAACACAUAGGACAUGAUGAGGUCAAAAAGAAGGAGAAGAGGGGUGUGUCCAUUUGCAGUAAGGUGUGCUUUGCGAUUGGUGGAGCUCCAUAUCAGAUCACAGGAAGUGCUCUGGGCUUCUUCCUGCAGAUCUACCUGUUGGACGUGGCACAGUUAGAGCCGUUCUAUGCGUCCAUCAUCCUGUUUGCAGGACGAGUGUGGGACGCCGUUACAGACCCCACUGUCGGUUUCCUUGUUAGUCGGAGUCCGCGGACGCGACACGGCCGGAUGAUGCCAUGGAUCGUGUUGUCCACUCCAUUUGCAGUGUUGAGUUAUUUCCUGAUCUGGGUGGUUCCUCCUGAGAAGGGCAAAGUGGUUUGGUACUUGUUCUUCUACUGCAUGUUCCAGUCUCUACAGACGUGUUUUCACGUGCCUUACUCGGCUCUGACCAUGUUCAUCAGCUCAGAGCAGAAAGAGAGAGAUUCAGCCACAGCAUAUCGUAUGACUAUAGAGGUUCUCGGUACGGUUCUCGGAACAGCCAUUCAGGGUCAGAUAGUGGGCGGAGCCAAUGCACCUUGUUUAAACCACACCUCCUUUUUGAAUGACAGUUAUAACAUUACGCAGCUGAGCUCCGAGGUCAACGUCUCGCACGUCACACUGGAGGAUACGAAACGAGCGUACAUGCUAGCGUCCGGUGUGAUUAGCAUCAUCUACAUCCUGUGUGCUGCUAUUCUGUUUCUGGGCGUGCGAGAACAAGAUGAGAGGUGUGUGAAAGAGGAUCGUUGUUUGUCGUUUGUGGAGAGUCUGAAGCUGCUGCAGAAACACGGGCCGUACGUUAAACUGGUCGCGGGUUUCCUCUUCACAUCUCUGGCCUUCAUGCUGAUGGAGGGAAACUUUGCUCUGUUCCUCACCUACACACUCGGACUGCGCGACCAUUUCCAGAACAUUCUCCUCGUCAUCAUGCUCUCUGGAACCCUCACCAUCCCUCUGUGGCAGCUCUUCCUCACACGCUUUGGCAAAAAGACUGCAGUUUACGUCGGCAUCUCGUGGGCGGUUCCCUUCAUGAUCCUGGUGGUGUGUAUUAAGAGCUCUCUCGUCGUAACGUACAUCGUUGCCAUAGCAGCCGGUGCCAGCGUGGCUGCAGCUUUCCUCCUGCCAUGGUCGAUGUUACCCGAUGCAGUGGACGAUUAUAAAGUACAGAAUCCUGAAUCUCAGGGUCACGAGGCCAUCUUCUACUCCUUCUACGUCUUCUUCACCAAGUUCGCCUCCGGAGUUUCACUGGGCAUCUCUACUCUCAGCUUACAUUUUGCGGGUUAUGUGUCGAGGGUGUGUGUUCAGCCUGACUCAGUGAAUUUAACCCUGAGGCUGCUGGUGUCGGCCGCGCCCGUCUCCCUCAUCAUCCUCGGCCUGCUCAUCUUCAGAUCGUAUCCCAUCAACGAGGAGAGGAGGAAACAGAACCGAACACGCCUACACGCCCUGCUGAAUGAUAGCAGAGAAGAGGGUUCGGAAGACUCCAGCUCUUCAGGACGUUCCGUCUGAAACACACACACACACACACACACACUCUUUGAGUGCAUCGAGUGUGUGUUAGCGAGCAUCCAUAAGUGCCUUAUUGAGACUUUGUCACAUGGUGGUGGGAUAAAUGAAGGAAGAAGAUCUCGAAGCUCUGAUAAUGAUAAUAAUAAUAAUAAUAAUAAUAAUAAUAAUAAUGAUGAUGAUGGCUCCCCCUGCUGGAGGACUGGAACAGUUACAUCCUUCACCUGCCUGCGCUCCAGUCCGGAGGUUUAGUGGCUUCCUCAUCGACUUCUACUCACGACCGGUCAGCAGAGUGUGUAUCACAGACGGGGGUUACAGGAGUGUGUGCUCCCAGCACAAGAGAAGCAACCUCAGCCUCGGCCUGUUUGGAGCAAUGCAUUCUGGGUAAGUCUGCAGCGAUGUCCACUCGAUCCCUCAUCUCAGCAUCCAGCCAGUAAGAAACUCGAGGCGUUUUUAACCAAGUGGAAAUGGAGGAAAGAAAGUUAAAGCAGGAUUGGAACACUGAAGCCCUGACUGCACUUUCAUCUGAAGAAAUAACUAAAUUCAUUUGGAGUAAAUAAAAUAUAUAUAAUAUAUGCAUUCUCAUCAUAGACUCUCCUGCCCCCUUGUGGCCGAGCCAAACAAUUACAUCCAGUUACUUAAUUCAAAUAAAUACCAAAAGUAAUUUGAAGGAAAAAUAAAAUCCACAUUACGAUCAAAUAUAUAUAUAUAUACAUGAUGAAUAAGAAAGUGGGAGGAAAGAUAUUUGUUGAAGACCCCAAAUAGAAGAAAAUGUAAUAAAUAAAUAAAAUAAUAAAAAAAAAAAAACAGUAGAUCAACUCAAUAUUAAUUACUCCAAAUGAAUUUGAGUUUUCUUGUCUAUAGUGCACUCUUGUGGAUGAAACAGGAAUUACAGCCACAAAUUUCAUCCAAAUAAAGACAAAUUCUGUGUAAAAUAUUAGCCAUAAAUUUGAAGGUAUUGAGUGCUGGAGAGAUUCUGAGUGAAUAAUUUGUGAGUUGAAAAGUGAGAAGGAGCUUUAAACUCAUCUCUACUUUACAUUUCUAAUUCUGGAUCGUUGUAUAAAAUAACAUCAGUUUAUUUUACACACACACAAUAUAUAAUAUAUAUUCAUUAUGCUCCUGACUGUGACUUCAUUAGCCAAACUGACAUGUCACAAGGCUAAUAUUUUUUAUUCACUACACAGAUUGACAUAACGCACAGUUUUGUAUAAAAUACCAAAUUAAAUGACACAAUAUUCGAGUUUACCAGCUUCAUCUUAGCUAACCAGCUACCUAAACACAGCGAAUGCUAACAUUAGCCAGCGACCUCUUUAGUUUAGCUAGCGUUAGCAUUACCUCACUAAUGGUACAGGAGCUAGCUGAAGUUCCAUAGCUAGUCAGUUUUGCUAGUAUGCUAGGUGACAUCUGAUGAAAUGUCAUAUUUUGAUCAUUUAAUUUGUUAUGAAAUCUAACUGUCAUGAAGGAAUUAUUUAGUGAGCAGUAAAGCAGAAAAGCCAGCAGUUAAUCUUUUGAAAUUAUUUCUGUAAAUCUUGUAGAUAGAGCUAACGUGAGCACGGCUAAUCACAUUAUGAAGUUAUUAUUAUUAUUAUUAUUGUUGUUGUUGUUGUUGUUUUUUCCCCAUGAUGAUGUAUGAAGUUCAUAUCUAUUUGUGUGACAAUAAUACAGUUAGCAUUGCUGCCUUGCACCUCCAGCGUUGGCGGUUUGAAUCCCGUCUCGGCCCUGUGUGUGUGGAGUUCGCAUGUCCUCCAUGUGCUUCGGGGGUUUCCUCCGGGUACGCCGGUUUCCUCCCCCUGUCCAAAGACGUGUUGUAGGCUGAUUAACAUCUCUAAAUUGUCCGUAGUGUGUCAGUGUGUGUGUGUGUGUGUGUGAUUGUGUCCUGUGAUGGGUUGGCAUCUCAUCCAGUGUGUUCUGUGCCCCUGGUCCCCUGGGAUACACUCCAGGCUCCAGGCUCCCAGUGACCCUGUGUAGGAUAAGCAGUACAGAGAAGGGAUGGAUGGAAGGAUGGAUGAAUGAAUGAAUGGAUGAAUGGAUUGUCGCUGUUGUGGCACAAAUGCAAAGAGUUGAACUUCAUACAUCACCGGAGGAAAAAGAACCAUGUUUAGGAACCGCACACGUCAGUAACACACUCAGAAGUGACGAUGUUGUACACAUCAGUGUUUAAGGGUGUGUUUAAAAAGAAAAAAGAAAAAAAAAAAAAAAGCACUUGAAUUCAUUUUUAACAUUCUAAAA